AUGCCGACUUAGCUCAGUUGGGAGAGCGUUAGACUGAAGAUCUAAAGGUCCCUGGUUCAAAUCCGGAGAACUCGCAUGAGUUCUGAACAUUCCCGGGAGUCGGCAAAUGGCACAUUUUUUUUCCUUUUAGAUCCUUAAUUUCCUUUCUUCCACCACCAAACACAAAUACUGCAAAAUACAUUCAAUUUACAGCAACAAAACCGAAGAAAAAUAUUUCCAAAAUAUUGUUUUCAUCCAAUAAAAUGUUUCAGAACUUUAAAGGUUGAAGAGUCACCUUAAGAUUUUCGUACCCAGGGACGUAAAAGGUACUCGGACUCGGCCAAAAAACAUGGCGGAUAAAACGACUAAACGUAAAGCGUUUGAUAUCCCCAUUUUGGAUGAUUUAGACGAAGUGGUUCAAAUUACACCAGUUUUUACACGUAGAACUAAAACGAGGAGACCAGAGGAAUGCAAAACAAGUGUUUCCGAGCCAGAAACAUCUAAAACAACUCAGAGAUUGACGGCUAAAUCAGAUGGUGAAAACGCGCUAAUCCCCGCUCCUCGGAGACGCGAAAUCGAAACGGAAAAAGCUCCAGUUACGAGGGUGGAGACAACCCAGAGCGAGACCGAUGUCACCGAGGCAUCGGUGAGUGAAGAAUCUGGAAAAACUGUUGGAAGGAAUUUCCUAGAAACGUUUGCGUUUAUUGAAGACACAAAAUAUUACGAGGCGCCACCAAGCAAACCAUCCACUUCAAAAUUCUCUGAAAGAGCCGGUUCCAUGCAAGAGCAGGAGGCUAAAAAGCCAGCUAAUUCAUCAAAAUCAAAUGCAGUUAUUGUUAAUCAAAGACAGAAAGGCAACCCGGUCCUGAAAUUCUUUCGAAAUGUACCCUGGGAAUAUGGUGAUGUCAUACCGGAUUACGUCAUGGGGCAGAGAAUUUGCGCCCUUUUUCUAAGUAUUCGUUAUCAUAACUUCAACCCUGAAUACAUUCACGAGAGAUUAAAACAGCUCGGGAAACGAUACGACGUGCGGAUUUUGCUUGUCCAAGUCGAUAUUAAAGACCCACAUAAAACGUUAAAAGAGCUUACAAAGAUAGCCAUUCUGGCGGACUGCACUCUGAUUCUUGCUUGGAGCGCUGAAGAGGCUGCUCGAUAUAUUGAAAUAUACAAGAUCUAUGAAAACAAGCCACCUGAUGCACUCCAGGGUCAAACGAAUACGGACUACCUUUCAAAACUUACUGAUUGCUUGACUACAGUGAAGUCUGUCAAUAAAACUGACACAGUGACCUUGCUAUCUGCAUUUGAGUCCUUAGAAAAUAUCAUCUCGGCUUCACAAGAUGACAUUGCAUUGUGUCCUGGAUUUGGACCACAAAAGGCAAAAAGAUUACAUGAAGCAUUUCACCAACCAUUCCUUAUAAACAAAAAGAAAGUUGAGAAAACUUGUGAUAAAAAAGCAAAAUCAUGACACAGUCCACGAAAGCUGAACUUCCUGGAUUAUGAUAGCAUUCCUAGCAAAUGUAUACCAUAUCAUUAUACCAUAAUAAGUCUUGGAACCUUUACUUCAUAGUCAUAAUUACUAUAAAAAUAAUUCA